GCAGGACAGGGGUGCACGACAGGGGCAACCUUGGAGAUCCCUGUGGCUUUGCUUCAGCGCGUCUCCAUCUCGAGGUCUCUCCUUGAGUACCGAGAUAAUUCACUUUUACCUACGUGAGCGUAACGAGGACCCUCUUCAGAGUUUUCUCUACUUCAAUUAUUGAUUUUGCCAGAAAACAGACGUCCCUAUAUAGAAGGAUGGCCAAGCUCCUGCGGAGGUUCAGGAGGAAGGCUCUGCAGGUGCCCCCAGAGCCUUCGGGAAGGAGCGGCCAUCUUCCCAAGGGGCAGAGCCACCUCUCCGUCCCCGCUGGCGGGGAAGCAGCUCCCAUCCAGGCCAGAAGGCGGAAGUUCCCAGCCUUCUGGAGAACAAAGCCAGCUCCCGGCGCAGGCGCCGACCUGGGAGAGACCCCGACCAAGCCCAGGUGGAGCUGGUUCAGGAUCAGGAUUUGCGGACAGGACCCAGCCCAGGAGGGGCGCCGGGCAGGGAGGCUCUGGGGCCUGUUAUGUGGGCAGCAGCGGCCCCAGGAGCCCAGCCCUCAUUCCCAGCAGGGGGCAUCACCUUGCCCGGACUCUGAGGAUCUUUCAGCCCCCUCAGACCAGGAGGUGGAAGAUCCCAGCACUAGCACCAUCAGCGCAGCACGGGACAGCAGCAGUGCCUGGGGCUCCAGCAGCAGCGACGCCUCUGGACGCUGCUGCUUUGUUCCAGGGACCCCCACGGAGUCAGCGGCGGAGGAAUGGCUGGAGAUGACCACAGAGGAAGCUGCUCUCAAGGUCAUCGGAGAGCAGCUCCAGGGCAGAGACAAGGAUGAGGGGCAGCAGCUCAGGUUCCUGCGGGCCAUCUACCCCGCGUGUCUUGCUGCACAGGACAGAGGGCAGGACACGCUGGAGCCGCACUGCUGCAAGGCGGCUGUGGUGGAGAGGAUUGUGGAGCUCAUUGAGGAGCUUCCUAAAGACUCUCCACCCAGCGAGAUCCUCUCCAGCUGCCUGGCUGCUGUGGGCAACCUCAGCACCAUGAAACCAGCCCUUGAGCCUGAGCUAGAGUCCCGCCUCUUGCAAGCUGCCCUUGGCUCGGUCUUCACCCUGGGCACGGAGACGGACGCCACCGACAUCCAGGCUCUACACAAAGUCAUGCCAGAGCUCCUGGAUGCUGUGCUGGGGAACCUGCUGGUCUUUGGAAAAUUCUUCUCUGCGGGGCAGAGGAAAUGCUUCCUCAAGACAGCCGUGCCAGCGAUCUACAACCCCCUGCUGUGCAUUAGCCAGGCUGGGCUUCUCCUCACGUACGCCAUCCUGGGGGAAGCCGAGCAACUGCUGGGGUACACGCUGGAGGACACCACCGCCAAGGUGAUGGGUCAGCUCCGCAGCAUCCGGCAGCUGCACCAGAUCUUCAAACGGGUCGGCUUGCUGCAGGAGACACUGACGGACAUCAUCAUCUACAGUGCCAACUGGAAGGAACAGCUCCAGCUGCGGGCGCUGGGCAGAGCAGGACUCACCGCAAACCGAACCAAAUGUCACCUGGGCCAGAAAGAACUGAUCUACCCGGGCUAUACGGAUGUGGGCGCGAGCUCUUGA